GAGAGACUGUGGGCUGUGUUAUUCAUCACAUCUUAUUUUAUUCUUCUAUAGUUAAGAGAGCAUCAUCUUUUAUAAUAACAUAGCAGAACUAAAAUCUCUUUUUUCUUUCAUCCUCUCAAGUACUAUUGUUUUUGCUCUUUUAUUUUACCAUUAAAAAUAGUUGCAGACAGUAAUUCUCAUCAUUGAGACGUUAGGUCUCCUCCCCACUGUAGGCGGUGAAUCUCUUGAGUUUUCGUUGUAAGAAUGCAUACUGCAGGCUAAAGAUAAAGAGAUGAUUCAGCGCUGGUAACUACAGAUCACACGUUCAGCUCUUCUCUGAAAGCAUCUGCUAACCUUCAGAUUCAUGAGGCUGGUGGGUGGGGUUUCUCUUCUGACCAAACCUCUUUUUAUUUCUCGAUGACUGGACAGGAAAUAAAUCCCUGGACAGCGGCAUCGCAGAGAUGGAGGAACUUCCUGUUCCCCAGAACAUUAAAAUCAGUAACAUCACAUGUGACUCCUUCAAGAUCUGCUGGGACAUGGACUCAAAGGUCAGAGAGCGAAUCACACACUACUUCAUCGAUCUCAACAAGAAAGAAAACAAAAACGCCAACAAGUUCAAACACAAGGACGUUCCUACUAAGCUGGUAGCUAAAGCGGUUCCUCUGCCCAUGACAGUAAGAGGACAUUGGUUUCUAAGUCCUCGAACUGAAUACACUGUUGCUGUUCAGACCGCAUCCAAACAGGGUGAUGGAGACUACGCUGUUUCCGAAUGGAGUGAGAUCAUUGAAUUCUGUACAGCCGAUUACUCUACUGCUCAUCUCACACAGUUGUUGGAGAAAGCUGAAGUCAUCGCCGGCAGAAUGCUGCGCUUCUCCGUCUUCUACAGAAACCAGAAUCAGGAGUACUUUGACCAUGCCAGGGAGACGCAGAACAACAAAAUGUUGCCGUCAGUGAAGGAUAACAGUGGGAGUCACGGUUCACCCAUCAGCGGGAAACUGGAGGGAAUCUUUUUCAGCUGUAACACCGAAUUUAACACAGGCAAACCCCCACAGGACUCGCCGUACGGCCGCCUCCGUUUCCAGGUGCCGGCCGAAGAGCUCUUCAAUCCCAACACAAACCUGUAUUUCGCAGACUUCUACUGCAUGUACACCGCCUACCAUUACGUGAUCUUAGUGAUCACUCCGGAAGGCUCUCCGGGGGACGAGUUCUGCAAGCAGCGCCUCCCUGCGCUGGACAUCACCAACAACCGUUUUUUGACCUGCGUGCGGGAUGAAGACGGGCAUCUGCUGUUUCAUCACGCUCAGGAUCUGAUCCUGGAGGUCAUCUACACCGAUCCUGUGGAUCUGAGCCUGGGUACGGUAGCCGAGAUCCGCGGCCACCAGCUCAUGAGUCUCUCCACGGUCAACGCCAAGAAAGAUCCCAGCUGCAAGACCUGCAACAUCAGCGUGGGACGCUAAAUGCUCUGCUGCCAUGAACAGCACAGACCUUUAGCCGUUCCUCCUUACCCAUAAUGCACUUCUCCAUAGCAUGUGUCUGAAAGCAAAUUCAUUUUCCUUUUUUCUAUCUGUGUUGGGACGUUAACUUAUUCAUUCACCCCUGUCAAUCAUAGUGCUUGUUUAACACUAUCGGCUAAUGAUAGAUCCUCUCCCAUUAAAUAGCAGCAUUGUAAGAGUUUACCAAAAAUUGAACACAAAUGACGUCACAGCAGUCACAUAGUCAAGGCGAGCGAUUUUACGAGGCAUUAUGAAUGUUCGAUCCUCGGAUAUCUCAAAAACUGAGAUUGGACGCAGCAUCUGUAGCACGAUUGCAAAAACCUCAACAUUAGCACACGACUGUUCUUCAAGCAGUGUUUCAUGUUAUUUAUUCCGACCCGUUCAGUAUACUGUGAUAUAAGAAACGCGUAGACGUGUAGAUAGAAAAAUAUUUAUUUUUUAACUGGUGAAUAGAAAAAAAUGAACAGAACCAGAAGUGCACAAUACAAAAGACUGGUGGUGGUGGUGG